AUGAUCGCAAUCAAGACGUUGACCCCCGCUAGGCUGGUCGCCUCGGCGCUUCUCAUUGCCACCUGGUCAAUACCGCUCAUCCAUGCAGCAUGCGAGUGCGGCUACAGGGACCCCCUGACCGACGCACUCUGGACAGAUCGCACCAUCACCUACUUUAACGAGACCGGCUUCAACGAUGUGGUCACCCAGCCCGCGCAGUCACCCCGCAUGUACGGAGGUGCCACACCGGGUGACACGGGCGACGGUCAGCAAGCCUGGUCGCUCGUUGGCGAUCUCGUCAACAAGUGGGAAGAGAGCUUCGACGCAACCUACCGCAGCGCUGUCAGCUACAACAACACAUACAUCGACGACAACGCACUCGCCCUGGAGGUUUCUCCGGCAACUCGUCGAGACCGCAUUGUCAAUGGCUCGCAGAUCGUCACUCGAAGGCGCGACAUCCUCUACGGUUCCUUCCGCGCCCAGAUCGAGCCCGCCGUCUCGCGCGGUGCGGGUGCUGCCUUCAAAUUCAGCGCCGCCUACAACGACUCGCAGACCGUCAACAUCGGCAUCUUCACCUCGGAUGACCCCGCCAACUCGACGCUCCAAUGGUCCUGGUCUGCUUACGGAAAGGGCGACACGCCUGUCAAGAACAACAUCUCGUCGCUGGGCACCUUCGACUACCUCGAGCACCGCUUCGAUUGGCAGCCCGAGCUGCUGCAGUGGCGCAACGCGGCCACCAACGAGAGCGCCAACUUCUAUUCCGUCGAGAGGGGUGUCAAUGCUACUCGCCUCCCCAUCGCACCCGUGCCCAUCAGCUUCGAGGCGUGGGCCAAUGGAGAACACUCCCAGUCGCAAGGUCCUCCGCAGCGUCAGCCUCUGCUGACCCACGUCCGCUACGCUCGCUUCUUCUUCAACUCGAGUCUCGAAGAGCGCAACUCACAAUUCGAAUCGCAGUGCUCCGCAGCCAGCGCCAACACCGACGCCGUCUGCAGCACCGAAGACUUCGCGCUUCGUGACAGCACGCCCUUUGAUCUGGCCGCGCUCAGCAAGAUGACGGUCCCCAACUUUUCGUACCAGACCCCACUGUACGCGAUCAUUGUCAUCUCGAUUGCAGCAGGCAUCUUUGUCAUGACCAUCGCCCACGGUCUCGUCGUCCGUUCCAUCAAGGCGCAGAGCAAGAAGCGCGCUGCCGCCAUCGCUGCUCAGCAAAAGGAGGUAGAGAUGGACACCAUCUCCGACUCGUCCUCUCAAACGCAAGCCGAUUCACUGAAGCUGCCGCCCGUGAUUUCGGCCUUGGCGGCCGAGGAGUCGAGCAUCGGCAAGUCUCCUCCUCUCACUCCCCUGGAGGGCGAAAGCGUCGAGGACAAGGCUUUCCUCUUCACCAGCAAAGACUCAACUGCCACACCCGGCAGGAUGAGCCCCACCGUCGGAGCCGCGAGGACAGCAACCAUGCCAGUGCAGCUCUGGACGUCUCCCGACCUCGUCUAUGGUUCCGACUCGGAUUCGGACGAUGACGAUGACGAUGACAGCAGCUCCGUCGGACACUCUUCCGUCAGUCACAUUGGCUCUGGACCCAGAGCCCCAGGCAUCUUGCCGCACUACAACACACACGCUGCCCUCAAAGACAGGCGAGCCUCAUCGACGCUCCACGGGCACGAUUCGCCAGCACCUAGCGGCUCCGAGACGCCUCGCUGGAUCGAAGACAUGAGGCGAACACAAGCGCUUCCCUAUGUCGCUCCUGGUUACGUCGGCGAGCCUGCGGCUUCCGUCUAUGCUUCUUCCGUGUCGAGUCGAAGGGGCUCCUUCAUCGAAGUGGCCAGCGACAAGGGCGAUCUGGACCCUGUCGAGCUGAUGGACGACGACAAGCCCGACCAGCGUUCCCUUGCCAGCGGUUCCCAAUCCGGUCAUGGUCACGCGCGUGCAGCAUCCACCCACAGCCAAUACGCGACGCAUGAUCAGAUGCUCAGCAUGCAUCAUCGCAACGACUCGUUCGCGACGAUGAACAGCGGAAUCCCGCCUUCCUUUAUCUACGACUUCCAGCACGAAGGCACGUCGCGAGCGGGGUCCGUCUAUCAGGGAUCAGAAGCGCACGAAGACCUCUCACGUCCACAGAUCAUUCAAUGGCAGCAGCGAGACCUGAAUGCCGCCGAUGGAGAGGUCGGUGCGCUCGCCAAGCCCGAGCUCGGUGACGCCGACGGACGCAAAGCUCGUGAUGGUGCCGGCGCCAAGGUCAAGCCGCCCGAGUCGUUGCUCCAGUCCAUCCUUCGACGCGCCAACGAGCUGCUCUUCAUCAAGGGAACCACCAAGCUCACUUCGACCGGAGCACGAAGAAUCGACUACCUGGACGGCAUGCGAGGCUUUGCGUGUUUCCUCGUCUCGUUCCAUCAUUUCAUGCUCAUCUACUACUUUGGCAUCACCACACCCGCUGCGGCGCACCACUACCCCAAGUUCGAGUUCUGGUUCCGCUCCAUCCUUGGCCCAAUACUGGUCAACCAGGGCCUCAAGUUGGGUAUAUUCUUCAUGCUGCCUUCGCGUACCAUGACCAACCGAUAUCUGCUCAAAGGUGGCCUGCAGAGCUUGGCCGACAACACCGUUCGACGUGUACCCCGUCUUGCACUGCCCGUGUUGGGCGCUGUCCUGGCCAACUACUUCUUCAUGGACGUAGGCGCGUUCAAGUGGGUGCCUCGUCUCGCUUCCAGGACGUGGUCGACCUGGUCGUACUGGCAGAACUUUGACAACGUCAUGGUCUUCCUCGAUGCAUUCAUCUCGUUGUGGUGGUCUGCGCCUCCCGUGUCGCCUGCGCUCGUCACGGGGUACGCUACCGGUGUGCUGUGGACCAUCCCGGUCAUUGUGCAGGGUACGUGGACGUGCUUGGUGUGCGCUCUCGUCGCUCACGAGAUCAAGAACGCGUACAAGCGCUUCGCCUUCUACGCUCUUUGCAUCGGUCUCAGUUGGUUCGCCGGUACGUGGGACCUGUUCUUCAUGGCCGGUCUUGUCGUGGCGGAUCUAGACAGCAAGCUCAACUACCAGGCAUGGGCGGCCAAAGGCAUUCCUCUGGUUCCCGGCUUCAUCCGCCGCGGCCUUCACCUUCCCGCUGCCAUUGACAAGCUUCGCGUCCACGGUCAGGUGCUCCCUUGGGCUCUUUUCCUCGCCGCUUGGACUCAGCAGUACCUCUCUCAGAUCCCUGGCGCGCCCGGCAACGGUUUCGACAACUGGGGCGAUCACAGGCUCCACCCUGACUGGACGUACGAGGUGCCUCACGCUUGGACCGACACGGACACCGGCGUGAGCUACACCGAUCCGCGUGUGUCGGCGUUCAUCCUCUCGUUCAGCUUCUUCCUGCUCACGGAUCUGAGCGACCUGCUGCGCGCCUUCUUCCGCCUGCGCAUUUGGUCGUACAUCGGCAAGCACGCAUUUGCCGUCUUCCUGAUGCACGGUGUCGUCUUCUGGACAUGGUCGGCGUGGUUGUGCCUCACGCUGCUGACAGCCGGCGUGCCCUACUGGGCCACCAUCCUGGUCGUGUUCUUCACCUCGUACGGCAUGCUUUUCAUCGUUGCAGAAUGCUUCACUGCCACCUUCGACAGCUGGGGUGGUCUCUUCUCCAAGGCAGUUUGGAGAGCCACCUCUGGCGGUCUCGGCAGGUGA